CUCUAAUAUUGCAAUCUUCCGUGUUUCCACACAAGAGAGUUUUUUGCUGAUGCAGUUGGUUGCUGCUGGAUUUACUAUUCAAACCACCAGACUUGACAGGUAAUGGUGGAAUUUCGAUGUGUUAUUAAACUUCAACAGAAUGUCUGAACCUCAGGAGAAGGUGAACAUGAGUGCCCUCAAAGACACAUUCCUGGAGUGUCCUGUGUGUGUGGAACAUUUCAACCAGACAGACCGUCGUCCUCGUCUCCUCCACUCCUGCCUCCAUGCCUUCUGUACCCUGUGUCUUCAACAGCUGCUCACGAGGGAGGGAAACGGUCAGAUCACUUGCCCUUUAUGUCGCCAGGUCCACAAGGUCCCAGGGACGGCCGACACAUUGCCUGUGGAUCCUGUGAGAGCGAAACUUGUGGAUUUUGUGCAGAUCAAGAACGAAGGGAAUGUUCCUUGCACAGACUGUCCCGAGGGAAGUACAUCGGAGUCAAGGUGUCAGGAGUGUUCUGUAUAUCUCUGUAAGGAUUGCACAUACGUACACAAACGUCAUCGACUGACACACGACCAUCCAAUCAUUUCCCUGGUUGAUGUACUACAACAGCCCCUGAACACAUUUGGCAAGGGUCAUUUCUGCACUCAUCACCCAAAACACCAGUUGGAGUUCUUUUGUGCUACUGAUGAAACACUGUGUUGCAUGUCUUGCACAGUUCUGGAACAUAAAGGUCAUGACUUCAAGAAAUUAGAAGAAGCAGCUAAGAAACGACAAGAGGAAUUGGAAACAUCAAUGCAGGCAGUUCAUGCAAAUGCCCAACAACUGCGUCAGAGGCGACUGUCAGAAGAAAAGCAUCAAAAUGCAAUCGUGCAAGCUCAGGGAAAGGCCAAAUCCGAUGUGAGUGCAUACUUUACAAGUUUGACGAAUAUUAUCAAUAAAAGAAAAGCAUAUUUGGAUGAAGCCAUCGACCAAAGAAGUAGCACAAUGCUGUCUCUGUCUGAAAAGGAAGUAGCAGCGAUAGACCAGACUCUUGCUGUUAUGGACUCAACUGAAACGUACUUCGCACAAGCCAGGGAGAAGGCCGAUGUCGUGGAAAUGCUGCAGAUGUAUCCUGCAAUGAAGAGAAGUUUGGAAGCAUCAGCUGAUGGACAAAGACAAGGUCGACCAAUGGCACCGGAAGUUGUGACAUUUAAUCCCACAAAUGGAAACAUUGUCAAAACAUUAAUGUCAGAAGUAGGAUGCGUGAGAGAAUGUUCUGAGACUCAGAAAGAAAAGAAUCAACUUCUACAGUGUUUGGAUGAAGUAUAUGAUGCUGCUUUAAAAUACAAAAGCAAGAAUGAACUGAUGAAACAUUUCCAAGAGAAAACCUUCACCACCGAACGAGACACGUGUGCCAUCUGCCUGAAUCAGAUCGUUGAAGCAAAGAAGAUGAAGUGUGGACACUCUUUCUGUGAGAGCUGCCUUGACCAGGCAUCCAGUGUGCCAGGCAGUUGUCCUGUGUGUAAAAUAUGUUGUAAAGUAAUAACUGGACAUACGCCUCCCGGGAAGAUGGAGACAUGUCUUAUCCCUGACAGGCUACCUGGCUAUGAGCAACACAACACCAUACAGAUAACAUACAAUUUUCCGAAUGGAGUUCAGUCUGACGGGCAUCCCAGGCCAGGAGUCAGGUAUAGAGGGGGAGAUUUCACCGCCUUCCUGCCCAACAGUCCAGAAGGUCAGAAGGUGCUGGGUCUGCUGAAGGUGGCCUGGGAGAGGAAGCUCACGUUCACAAUCAAGAUUAAUCUCUUUUUUGUUUGGACUUUGAUGUUUCGGAUUCCUCACAAAGGGAAGAAGCAUCGUUCAGCAGACAUCAACCCAAGUGUCUUUUACCCUGAUCCAGACUACCUGAGAACAGUCCAAGAAUCACUGAGGUCCCUUGGAGUGACAGAAGCAGAUCUGCAAUAACCGGACCAGAGAGGCCAACCUUUACUACAGGUGUGCAGUCAGACUCUCUGAAUAAGGCACAUCUUCAAUAAAGACACGCAUUCCUCAUGGGACAGAGAGAGAGGGAGGAGAAUAAUGUUAUUUGAAGUUAGGUGUUGGUGGCUUUUAAGUUGAAAAUGAUUAGUUUUGUCCCACAACCCAUUAAGGGCACCAGGCCACAGAGAUCCUCAAAGUUAUUGUAAUGUAAGGUUACAUUUCUAAACAAGAAGUGUGUCAUUACAUUUCAUUGGCUAAUAGAACUAGUUUCAUUUGUUUGGUAAUGCACAUGCUUUUCAUGCUGUGAGCAUGCUACAUGCAUGAUCACUUGACUGGUGACAUCAGGAUUCGGAACACCUUUUUUCCUUGCUGGGAAUGUGAAAACCAUACUACAGGUUAGUUAAGUUUGUUUUAGAAAAAUUGUUUUUUGAAAAGUAUAAAAUAUGAAUAUGCUCGUCAGAACACAUGGUUCAGCCCAUAGUUGGUAAUUAUAAGUGUUGUAUAUAUUUCUGUCAUUUAAUUCGUAAUAAUUAUGGUAAAGUUACAGUACAAAAAGAUUUUGCUAAUAUCUCAAUUGUAAUUAAGCAGGCACUUGAGUAGUAUGGGUAAUGGGGGUUCUGCCGCAACUCCACUGGAGCCAGAUUUAUAUACCUAUACUGCUACUACAGGGGGAAUUUUUAAUGUGUAAAUGCUGAUGCGAUUCAACGAUAGUCAUGAGAUUGCGGCAGAACCCCCAUUACUUAUACUACUCACUUGCCAUUUACCUUUUGUUAAUGUUCCUAAUGUUGUUUUGAUAUUGAGUUAUUUUUUAUGUUCUGUACACGAGUAAUGUGCCACCAACUACAUGAUAGUAGGUAACUGGCUAUGUCAGUUACAGUUGGUAUAUGGAUUAUUAUAUUAGAUGUAAUACUGUUGAUGGGACCAUUGUACCCACAAGGUCAAAUAAAUAAUAAAGAACUCAGCCCAACACAUUGGAUCAUGUCGUCAUUGAUGCAUCCGUUACAUGUGUAAACGUGUGUGUGUGUCCAUCACAAUUAUUCACCUGAUAAUAUUCACAGUUCAUUAUUUUGUUUGAAAUUUCUAUUCAGAUCAUUGAAGAGCGGUGUAAUUGUGUAGCUUUUGUUUGAAGUUUCUAUUCAGAUCAUUGUAGAGCGGUGUAAUUGUGUAGCUUUUGUUUGAAAUUUCUAUUCAGAUUAUUGAAGAGCGGUGUAAUUGUGUAGCUUUUGAUUGAAAUUUCUAUUCAGAUCAUUGUAGAGCGGUGUAAUUGUGUAGCUUUUGUUUGAAAUUUCUAUUCAGAUCAUUGUAGAGCGGUGUAAUUGUGUAGCUUUUGUUUGAAAUUUCUAUUCAGAUCAUUGUAGAGCGGUGUAAUUGUGUACCUUUUGUUUGAAAUUUCUAUUCAGAUCAUUGAGAGGGGUGUAAUUGUGUAGCUUUUGUUUGAAAUUUCUAUUCAGAUCAUUGUAGAGCAGUGUAAUUGUGUAGCUUUUGUUUGAAAUUUCUAUUCAGAUCAUUGUAGAACGGUGUAAUUGUGUAGCUUUUGUUUGAGAUUUCUAUUCAAAUCAUUGUAGAGGGGUGUAAUUGAAUGGCAAACUGAAAAUUCUAUUUUGCAAUGACUAUAUGUUAACAGGGUGUGAACUUAUCUGUUAAGCUUAUAUUCAUAGUUGUUUCCUUUUGAGAAAUAUACACUUCUAAAGGAACCUUCAGGUCUGUUCAUUGUAAACGUAUCCAUGUAUGCUUCAACUCAAGCAUUGUCAGCUUGCCUCCGCCAAUGUUUCCCAAUGGUUAACCACUGUGACCAACAGAGACUUCCCUGCAUAUCAGGUACAGGCGGAUGACUAUUACUUAUAGGCACUAGUUUGCUAAGUGUGAUUGUGCAGUGUCUCUUCAUGCAUAUGAUAUUAAAAUAAAACAACACAUACAUGUAAUGAUAAGAAUCAA